ACAAUGCAGUUCCUAGCUUGGUUCAAUUUGCUGCUUUUCCUUCCUUGUUUUGGUACCACCAAAACCUGCUUCCCUGGCUGCCACUGCGAAGUGGAAAGCUUUGGUCUCUUUGACAGCUUUAGCUUGACCAAGGUGGACUGCAGUGGAAUAGGCUCACACAUUGUUCCUGUCCCAAUCCCUCUGGAUACCUCCUACUUGGAUCUAUCAUCAAACAAACUGGAAACAAUCAAUGAAUCGAUGCUUACUGGCCCUGGAUACACCACCUUGGUGAGCCUUGACCUGAGCUACAACAAAAUUGCCAAGAUUUCCUCCACAACCUUCUCCAGGCUUCGGUACCUGGAGUCCUUGGAUCUGAGUCAUAACUCUCUGGAAGUCCUUCCAGAAGACUGUUUCUCCAGUUCUCCUCUGAGUGACAUAGAUUUGAGCAAUAACAAGCUUUUGGAUAUAGCUGUAGACAUUUUUGCUUCAAAAGGUCAAGGAAAACCCCUGAAUGUGGAUCUAUCCAAUAAUAUGCUCAGCACAAUUACGAGGCACCGUGAAAAGAGCAUCCCCAACAUCCAGAAUUUAAAUCUUUCUGGAAACAGGCUAACAUCUGUGCCAGACCUUCAAGGAAUUCCUCUCCGAUACUUAAAUCUUGACGGGAACCCUCUAGUCAAGAUUGAGAAAGGAGACUUCAUGGGGCUGAAAGAUUUGAUUCAUUUAUCCCUCAGCAGCCUGCGUGGCUUUGGGCAGUUAUCUCCUUACAGCUUCAAGGAACUACCAGCCCUCCAAGUUCUGGAUUUAUCCAGCAAUCCCGACCUGAAGUCACUGACUGCUGAAGUUAUCUUUGGUCUGAACUCCCUACAAGAGCUCAACCUUUCUGGAACAGGCGUGUCAUCCUUGCCAAAGACUGUGCUGAAAUACCUGCCUUCCAUCAAAAGCAUCACCUUGGGGAAGAACAUACAGUGUCUUAAGACCAUCAAAGAAGGACAGUACCACCGACAAAUUGGGCUGACCAAAAAAGAGGUCCUCAGUUGCCACGACAGCCACGGGUCCGUAGCAGCAGCGCCUUACGUUUCGUGAUGAAAGCUGGGGAGAAGGGGUGGGGAAGGGAGGGUGGGGAUGGGAUUUGUACAGGUGUCGGACUGAGAUGGCUUGCAGUGUGCCUUUUGUAAAACUGUUAAUAAUUUAUAUAUUUGUAUAUGCCAAUACUUGAUUGUUUGUGGAUUUUAUAAACUCUCAAAUCCUUGCCCACAUCAUCUGCAGGCUCCAGAUUUUGCCCAGCACAUUGAGGUCCUGCAUGCAGCCCAUUAGCUCAAGAGCGGUGAUGCUGGACAACGGGGACCAAGCUGCUCUGCAGGUCCCAGGGCAGAACAGCUGGUCUGGAGCAAACCUUCACGCCCCAGACACGUUUGUAGGAGCAAAGCUACGUCUCUCCAGAGCACACACCAAAACUUA